GUGGUUCCAUUUUCUUAUAAGAGUUCUGGGAAUUGAGUGAAGAAUAGUUCCCGAAGGAAAUUGUGCAGUUCAAAUUGGCUCAAAUAGCAUGAUUGAUGAAGUGAAUGCCAAGUGCGAUUGAUUCCCGUGAAGAAGAAAAGGCAACACCUUCCCCCCCUUCUCCAUCAUACGUUGUCAUCGUCGCGUCGUCGUCGUAGUUGGGCCUCGGCCUGCGCCCUAGAGCCAACGAAAUCAAUUGCAAGGCGCCCCAUCGUUCGGCAUAUUUCCCGAUACAAAAGUGCAAGCUUGCUGGAAGACCUUUGGGAAAAUCAUUUUUUCUGGCAAUAUUUUCCAGCUUUUCCAACUGCUAUCCUGUGAGUUUGGGAAAUCCCCAUUCGUCUACGUCUACAAUGUGAAGCGCUGUGAAUGCUGUGAGAGAGAAGAAAUCAGCGUAAAAUAGUGAGAAGAGCAAGAGAAAAAAAAAGUAUCGAAACAACAAUCUAACAAGUUAAGUUCAGCCAAGUGUAAGCAAAGCGGAAAGCUUGUGCAGUGAUUGAAAGUUUUCCCGCUGUGCCAGCGAAAAGUGUUUGCCAAAUUCUGUGUAUGUGUGGUGGGAUUGCAUCAGUGGAAAACCCGAAUCAGUGCCAUCCGCUGUCCCUGGCAGCCCCUCCUAGGAGCGGGGGACACUUUCUUCAUCCCUAACUUUCCCUAACUCGUGGUGCUGGUCGGGAGAAAGACCACUAGAAAAGCGAGAGGAGGGAACGGAGCCAAAAAACGUGACAAAGGAACACAACGGGCAUAGUGAGUGAGAAUAUAAUAACAACAACAGCACAGCAACAGGGAAAGCCGAUCGGAAAGCAACAGGAAGGUGGUAGGAGGGUGAGCAGGAAAAACACUCCGACAGUCAGCCAGUCAACCACCGUACUUUUGCGUUCCUCUGUGCUGAUAAACCAACAACAACAACAAUAGUAACAGCAGGAACGGACGAACGAGGAGAGCAAUCGUACCGCACCGUACCAUAUGACAUAGAACGUUAGUCGUAGCCGUUGUCAUCCUGGUUGCUACACACCACAACGGAGGGCAACAUUCUCGAAAAGGGAUUAUCUCAUCAGAGCCAGCUAGACGGAAAAUUCGUAGGAAAAUCGCACCACCGCCGCCGUCGGUCGGGUGGAAAAAUCUGCCCCGAGUCGAGCAUCGUUUGCAUUAAUUGGGGUUGCCUCUUGUCUACGGAGGCGUCGCGGGCGCAGCUCUACACCCAGCCACCACCAUACGCCCCCACCCGGUAUCUAGGCAUCUGUUGAGCUGCCUGUGCGCCCCCGGUCAACAAGGAGUGCCGGCGAACAGAGCACAGGCUGCUAGCAGCAAACUUUUCCUCCGAAUUAGUAACGUAGAUAAUGAAACAGAUCAAUGUCGCCGUCGUUGGGCUUUCCGGUGUUGAGAAGGACAAAGGCCAGCUGGGGGCGGGCAAGUCCUGCCUGUGCAACCGAUUCGUGCGGCCAAAAACCGAUGACUACGCGAUCGAUCACAUUUCGGUGCUGAGUCAGUCCGACUUCAGCGGCCGAGUUGUCAACAAUGACCACUUCCUGUACUGGGGAGAGGCGCGCAAAACGUCCGAGGAGGGCGUCGAGUAUAACUUUAGCGUAGUGGAACAAACCGAGUUCGUAGAUGAUGCCACAUUCCAACCAUUUAAGGUGGGCAAAAUGGAGCCCUACACAAAGCGAUGUUCGGCUAUUCGGUUAAGUUCGCAGGAGAAGCUCAAAUACAUUUGCAAAAAUCAGCUGGGCAUCGAGCACGAGUACGAGGAAAUUGUGCUACCGGAAGGCCGAUUUCUGGUCGAUGGGUUCGUGUGCGUGUUCGAUGUCAGUGUGGUUCCGAACAGGACGGUUGAAAAGCAGGUCGAAUUUAUUACGCAGAUCAUCAACAACGUCCUGAAAAACAAGAAACCCGUCGUGCUGGUAACGACCAAGAACGAUGACUCGAACGAACUGUACAUCCGGGAAGCGGAGAAGAUCUGCGCCCGAAAGGAAUACAAAGGUCAAAUUGUGAUGGUUGAGACGUCCGCACACGAAAGCAUAAACGUCGAUCUGGCAUUCAUAGUGCUCGCACAAAUGAUCGACAAAGCGAAGCAACGAUCGAAGAUCAUGUCCUAUGCGGAGGCGGCCAAACAACGAACUGAUCUGCUUAAUGCCAGCUCCGAGUACGUCACACGGCUUAUCCGGACGCAAAUUACGGAUCACCGUUCCAUAUGGACGAGUUCUUCCAAGAAGUUGGCCAACCAUAGGGAAUGGAUUGACUUUUUAGAACUAUUUGGCCAGGAAGCCGGUCAGAGGAUAUUCCGACGACACAUCAAGAAGCUACGGGACGAUUACCAAGGGAAAAAGCUGCAGAGUUACAUGGAUUCGUUUGCAUGCGUGCUGCAGGAAAUUUUGCCGGACAUGAACAGCAUCAACCUGGAGCUGGACACGUUCAACGAUUGGCAGUCGAUACGAAACUAUUUCCGAAAUCAUGUGGAAUUUGAUCAGUACUUCUUCGAUGCCAUAGAGAGGGGCGGCAGUUGGGCCGAACUGAGCGAUAUGAGUGAUAUGGAAGACGAGAACCGGAUACCGUUUGAUAUUUUGGAAACACCCGAAGCGGAGACGGUGUUCAAGAAUCACAUGAAUGCCCUGCAGCAGGAGCAGAAGCGAUUAGAAUGGAAGAAGCAGUUCAAGAAAUUACUGGAGGAAACCGGAUAUGUGACACCGGGCAAACAACUGUCGGAAGUUCGAGUCCUGUUCAUGGGUCGCGAAUGCUUCGAAGCCUUGUCCGAGCAUGAUUGUCAGCAAAUCUACGACAACCACCAGCGAGAACUGAUCGAGACGGCCAAGCGAAAUUUUCAGGAGUUACUGAUGGAGCACGCGGAUCUGUUCUAUCACUUCAAGAACAUUGAACCUUCGGGAACGAUCACACAGAAUGACGUAAAAGAAAUAACCGAUGUUCUCCAGGAAGAUUUGCGAUAUAAACUGCUGGAUCGAUUGGAUCAAGAUAGGAAGCUAAUGCUGUUCCAACACCUUGGGUUUGUGCAUUGUCCCAUCCGGGAGCACUGUCCAGCCUUCCCGAACUGUAUGGAUGCUCUUAUCGAGAGGAUAUUAAUUGCCAAUCAGAACCUACCGAACCCCAGGUUUGCCCAGAAAGACGGCCAACUGCAGCUGAAUCUCAUAGUCAUCGGGUUGGAUUAUAUUGCCAACGAUUUUAUCGAUAAGGUACACCAGCAGUGCAACGACAACGGCGAGUACAUAGUGGACGGCCAAGUGUACGGUCUGAGUAUCGAAACGAUCAAUCGGGAAAAUGAUUCCUUCUCGUUCGAGCUGGCCAACAAGGGACUGAUAUGUUGCUACUCGAACAGGCAAACGUUUACUUACAUUUAUGAGGUGCUUGAUCGUCUGCUGGUGGACAAUAUCGAUUUUAAGGAUAGCGUAAACAAUUUGCACAUAGUUUUUAUGAGCGACGAGAAAAAUAGUGAAAGUACUCUUCAACAACUGCAAAGCGAUGGUCAAUCGCUAGCGGAACGACUCCAUUGUGUGUUUAUCGAUGAGAAUGAGUUUUAUGCUUCUGGUCAGGAGGCGCGGUUCGUAGAGACAACAUUGAACAGCGUUAUAGAUUCAAUUCCCUUCGACGAACUGAAAUACGGCAUGAAUCUAGCGGAUAUUCCUGAUUUGCGAAUUAUCAUGUGCAUCUUUUGCGGCGAUCCUUUCUCGACUGAAAACCUACUCAGCUCGAUGAUGAUUGAGCAAUCCUGUAUAAACGCUGGAGAAAGGAAUAUCAUUUUCGAAAUGUUCUUGGGAGAUUCUAAGCGACGAGUGGAACUAAUUUUGUCCUCAUACCAUGGGGCUAAUGCUUUCAGAGACGAUCUCAUCCAUGGAUUUAUCUUGUUAUACUCUAGCAAACGAAAGGCUUCUCUGUCCACGCUAAGCGCUUUCUCGCUGAACAUUCCCAACUUACCAAUGCAACUUGUUUCCGUGUCAGAACAGGGAGGAGUCAAUGCAUUUUUCAACAACGAAACAUCACAAAUGCUAAUCACCGAAGGCAAUGCAAUUGCCGACAAGUUGCGGGCACAUUUCGCCACCGCAUCCGACGAAGAUAACCAAUUCAAAUUCGCCUCGUUUGCCCCGUUUCUCAAAGAGGUAUGGGACAAGAAACCCGAAAUUGAACACGCCUUCAACAUGGAAGAACCCCUCACAAUUGAUUCCGGCGAAGGCACAAUGGAACAUUCCAUGCAUCAUCAUCACCAACAGGCGCCCCAGCCUCCACCUCGUUACGAGAGCUAUCUGAUCAAUGGCUCCCAAACGACAUAUCGUGGCCAACAUCAGCACCCUCAUCAGCAACAGAAAAUGCUCUUUGACAACCGAUCCAUCAACUCUCUAGAUGAUCUGGAUAAUCUCAAACAACACCAACAGCAGUAUUCCAAUAUGUACUACUACGAGGAUAGCAGCGAUUUCGAUAAGGGUGGAAGCAAUCAGGGCUUCCAAAUCUAUCCACCGCCUACGACUCCGCCAGAGCCGGCGCCUCCGGAUCACCUGCUAACGCCGUCGUCGAUUUUGCGGCAACUCAAAGCCAACACCGUGUCCCAGUCGCAAAGCAGCCUGGAGGAGAUAAACUCCGACGUCAGUGGAUCCAAGGACUCGAUCAACACAUACGACUCAGGCUGGUUGGACGAUGGAUUUCUCAUCCCCAAGCAGGACAACAAGCAAAACGAAGACAUGUGGAAGAGCAUGAAUCCCCAUCACGCGUUCACAACCGGGCGGAGGCCAAACCAAAGUUCGUUUGCGAAGAAAAUUCGCCCAAAGGGUCCUAGUCAAACGCUCAAACAGCCCGGAAAGCUAAAUCUCAAAAGCUUUGCCAUAGUGAACGAGGCCAUAGCACGCAUGAACCUGGGCGAUGGACAGGGCCCCUUCCAAGGGAGCGGCGGUCAACCCAUGACGGAGAAGGAAAAGAAAAAAGCCAAAAAGUUGCUCCAGCAGCAGUUGGAGAAUGCUCCGCUGGCAGCGCCGGAGGACGACAGCGAGGACUAUGAGGACGAAGCCGGGUACGAGCAGAUCAAUGACGCAUUCAGCGAUGCGGUUAACAAUGUAGCGAGUCAAUUAUUUACUACCUUUUCGGGAGGGCAACGAGGGGAGGGCGGUCAGCAGGGAAUCGAUCUGACCGGUGGAAAGGCCAAACUACGACAACGACGGGAGAAGGAACAAACUGGUUCCACGUUUCCAACAGUAUUCAACAUUCCGGAAUAUUCCGAUUCGGAGAGCGAUUCCAGCUCAUUGGAAAGGAAGCGCUCGACCGAUGGAUAUUCGAAAAUCAACCGUAAACCUCAAGGGCAUAAAAGGCACCGCAAGAAGCGAACCGCCAUUCCAGUUCAGCCACCGAAGAUUCCUCUGGGGCCGUUUGGUGGCGGCGGAGGAGGCCCGGGAGGCGAUGGCGGAGGUCAACCGAUGAUGGUCGGUGUUCCGGGAGGCGGCCAGAUAGGGUCGGCCCUUGGGAUGCCCAUGAUGUACCAGAAGCUGAAGAACGAGAAAAACGUGAGCAUGGACAAGGACAAGCAGGAAGACGAGUCGAGCAUCGAUGUGUCCUCGCCGAGGGAUAAUAAUUCCCCGAUUUUCGGUGUCCUCCCGAAGAUGGGCGAUCGGGAAAAGUUGAUCACCAAGCAGAAAAAUUGGUUCGGCAAGGAGAUCGACAGCAGCAAGAACAGUUCCAAAGAUUCCAAGGAUUCGGACUCCAAUGCGAAGAAGACGGCUGGUCGAUCGAGCAAGGGAACCAGCGGAAAGAAUGCCAAAAACGCGCCUCCGAUUCCGCAACAACCGUCGUUAGCUAGUUUUAAGCAAUCGGAUAAAAAUCUGGUGCCACUGUUUGUGGAGAAAUGUGUCAAAUUUAUCGAACUGGAGGGGCUGGAUUCGGAGGGCAUCUACCGAGUGCCGGGCAACAGGGCUCAUGUCGAUUUGCUGUAUCAGAAGUUUGAUGAAGAAGUCGACGUGGACAUCGAAAAGCUGGAUAUUCCCGUGAACGCAGUGGCCACCGCACUCAAGGACUUUUUCGCCAAACGGUUACCAUCGCUGUUCAGUGCGGAGAUGAUGGCCGAACUGGAGGAGAUUGCCGGUUCUCGGCCACUGCAAGCCAUCAGCAGUCUCAACAUGGAGGUUAAAACGGACCGAAGUUGCAGGUUGAUUGCACUCAGAUCGCUGCUGGGAAAGCUCCCGCCGAGUAAUUUUGCCAUAUUGAGCUUCAUUUUCCAGCACUUUGUGAGAGUGUCCGAGAACUCCAAGCUGAACAGCAUGGACAGCAAAAAUCUGGCGAUCUGCUGGUGGCCCACGCUGCUGCCCAUCGAGUUCACCGACAUGAUGCGGUUCGAAACCAUGCGCCCCUACCUGGAGGACAUCGUCCAGACGAUGAUCGACCAGUUCCCGUUUCUUUUUUGCGGCGAGGAGGCCUUCGUGAUGGUUUGAUGCAGUGAGCAGCAGCAACAGCCUCAUUGACCGGCGGAGCAGGCAGGAGGAGGCUAGUGAGUUUGUUGUUGAUUAAUUUUUAGUUGUGCAGCUUUGGCCCCGGGGAUGAGGUGUUUUCACUGCCUAGGGCUGUGUAGACUUCGGUUUUCACCUUCAAAAUUGCGUCCGGCUUUAAUUAGGCGAAAAGUAUUAUUUUUUAUAUUCUGGCGCGGAUUCCCCCAUUUUAGCUAGGCAUUUAGAAACGUAAAAAAUUGAUGUUGAAAUAUUUUCUACUUCGCUGUUGUCAUUUGUUGGAAUAUUCCGAACAACAGUAAAAAAACAGAGAUACAAGAGUCGUGUGUUUGUAGCACAGCGCUUUGAUUCAAGCAAGGGCAUGAGAUGAGAUCCUUACUUUUGUUGAUGUCCUCCUAGAUGUACUUUGGAAGAAAAGUGAGAAACGCAAACACGUAAAUCGAUCCCAAUUAGGAAACGCAGAAUAGGAAUUUAUACGAAUUUGCGCUGAUAUUAUGCCGCUGUAAAUGUUAAAAUUUAUGGAAAUAAGAGUGCACAACUUCAUAGGCGGAUUGCGCGUAAAACUUUCGAGCCAGGGAGGUUGGCAGCAGGUUCCCAGAAUUCAAUGAAGUUGUCUGUGGAUUUUUUUUUUAACUGUUUCUCGAAUAAUUAGUGCAAAGACGAGAGUAACGAUGAUUGUGAUGUUGACAAGCACAUAUGCUCGAGGCAUGACACGCAAGUUUGCCAUUUUAUUUUAACAAAAAGUGCAUGCGCUGGGUUCACAGGCCUACCUAGAUAGAAAUCCCCGUUACAAGAGUAAGGCUCUUGGAUUAAAACCAUUUGGAACCACUUAGAUUAUUUGCAAUCACAGCCCAAACAGGCAAAAAUCAUCUAGAUUGAAAAGCAUUUCUAUGAUUCAAUCAUAUAAUCAAUAAAAGUGUAACUUAUUCGCGAAUUUGGUAAUAAUUUCAUCAGAACCAGUUAAAGUAUGGCAACAUUUGUCCACAUCCACUACAUUUAAUUGCAUUCUAGGAGGGGGCUGUCACCUCCGUGGACGAGUGGGCGCGCUGCAAUUCGUCGAUAGUGUUUUUAUUUGCUUAUUGUUUAGGUGAAGCGACAGAAUGCUUUAGAAACAUGCUACUUACUCCGAUGUCGUCGAAUCGUAAACAUGAAUAAACAGACAUUCUUUAAAUAGAUUCAGAGAUAUUUUUAACUGGUUUAUCAGUGUAUUUGAACAAAAUAUGGGAAAAUAAGGAUAUUUGUAUAUUUACCUGUGUAUAUUUUUAAGGCAAAAAACAACGUCGCUCUGAACAGUAGUAGAACAAGGUGAAUGAAACAAGUCAUUUUUAAGGUAGAACCGUUAUGUCAUAAAACAGCUAGAAGGAAAACACAUGAUAAGAAUGUUACAAAUAUGUGGUGAUAAAUUUCAUAUACUUUCAGUAGGAUUUAGUUACUGUGAAUCAAGAUUAAGAAACACCACACGAAUCGUGAAUCUCGAAAACGUGACUUGCUUCCUAAGCCAGUGUUGCCAACUUUCAUCAGCAAAUUUUCCCCUUCAAUUCACUACCUAUUGGGUGAAAAAAUAUGGAUGUUUAGAAAAGUUCCUAACUGCUUUUAGUUUUGUUUUAUUUUUCUAGUCGAUUAUUGCACUAAAUUGGCUAAUGGCGAAAAAGUCUGGCAACACUGGGCGUCUAGUGCAAGCAUACAAUAUACUUUUCAAAACCAACUAACGAUAAAACUCCGAUUCAGAGACUAACAAAAACGUGCCAUCCCACAUCAAGAUGUAGAGAGAACGACGAUGUCCCUUCCCUUUUCCUCACUCAGUGUACUUCCUUGCUAAUUUACUCAUGUACGCAACGACUAAUAUGUGGUAGUGCAACCGACCGAAAGAGGCCCCUCUAGUACUAAACAUAUACUCAAACAAACAAAAAAGACGCUUCCCCUAUUAUAAAGACACACUCAAACUCAAACUUAACUCACACCGAAUGAUUUCAACCAGAGAAACGAAAACGAACACGUCCUUCCUUAUUUAAGCGAAAGAAAAAUCGAAUAGAAUAUAACAAAUCUAUUAUGAAGAGUGCAACAACAAGGUGAACGAAAAGCCAAUUCCGACAUUGUUUUUAUCAUUUCUCGAGAAAAAAAAAAUUUACUUACGUAUACCUUACAUCUAGAGAGUAACCGAGAACUAACGAGAAAGAGAGACAUACCUAAAGCAAGCACUCUACCUAAAAGUGAUUGUCAGUGAACAAGUGAGAACACACUAAUGCGCUUCUUAUGUAAUUAUAUAUGUUGUGUUUUAUUAUUAUUUUCUAUUUUUUAGUUUAGAGCACAAAGCUGAAAGUUUAUUUUUUAAAAAUCACAUUUUAGUGCGGCGCCGCCACGAAACGCAAAAUCCUAGGAACUACAAAAUAGUUGUGUAUUGUACAUGUGAGUAACGAAAAAGGAAACAAAGAAGAAAACUUCACAUCAAAA